AUGGAGUUUGAAGUUUCAGACUGCUCAGAUAUGAGCUCCUUAGCCUCGUCUCCACGAUCUUCACCGGAGCCAGCAGCUCGGUACCUGACGCCGUCCUCCCAGGAGGGUGAGGAUUCUACGCGCCAAGACUGUCCUCCCGCGAAAAAGAGGAGACGCAACCCCCUACCCAAGGAGCGCACCACCCAGUAUCUCAAGCUAUCCGAAUCAUCCGAGAGCCAAAAGGACCAGGCCAGAUUACUUGUCGAAACCCUCCGUCACCAAAAGGAUAUUGUCGUGAUCGCCGGAGCUGGCAUCUCCACUUCCGCGGGUAUUCCGGAUUUUCGCUCCGCAGAUGGUCUGUUCAAGUCUUUACAGAAGAAGCACAACUUGAAAGCUUCUGGUAAAUUACUAUUCGAUGCUGCGGUCUACCAGGAUGACGCCUUGACGGCGCCCUUCCACGAAUUAGUCCGGUCGCUUAAUAUUGAGUCCGAAAAGACCACACCAACCAAAUUUCACCAAAUGCUCGCCCGGCUGGGCAAAGAGAACCGUCUAAAGCGCCUGUAUACCCAAAAUAUCGACGGAAUCGAGACAUCCAUGGCGCCACUCCAAACAGAAAUUCCCCUCAACAUCAAAGGCCGAUGGCCAGUUACUAUCCAGCUGCACGGCAGCAUCCAGAAAAUGGUGUGCCAGAAAUGCCGUUUCACGUCCGAUCUUGACCCGAACAUGUUCCUGGAAACCGACCCACCAGAGUGCGGAGAAUGCGCCGAGAACGACAGAGCCCGCCGGAUUGCUGAGCAACGUAGCCAUGGUGUAGGACGCCUGCGGCCACGAAUUGUUCUUUACAAUGAACACAAUCCCGAUGAGGAGGCAAUUACAUCCGUCAUGAACUCAGAUGUCAAGUCUCGCCCUCGUGUCCUGGUUGUCGCCGGUACUAGUCUAAAGAUUCCUGGAGUUCGACGCCUCGUGAAGAGCCUCUGUGCUGUCAUCCGGACUCGAAAGGAUGGAGUAACCAUGUUUGUCAACAACGAACCUCCAGCCGGCAAGGAGUUCGAGAAUUGUUUCGAUCUGAUUGUACAAGGGUCCACGGAUCAGGUUGCGGACCUUGUGGGCUUGAAGAAUUGGGAAGACUCGACCCCUUAUGAAUCCUUGUUGCCAGAGCCCGUCUUCGGAAUUAAGGAGAGUCCCGACUCGGAAUCAUCCGAAGCAGAGUCUACCAACGUUGCAGUUGUCAUCAGUACCCCCAGGAAGCGACCACUCAUCGAGACCGGCCUGCUCACACCUUCAGCCAGCAAUGACGAGAGGGCAGAGCUACCGGUCAAGAAGGCCCCCAAAACCAAGAACGCGGGAACCAAAGGCCCCUCGAUCUCCGAGAUUCUUGCAGCUUCCAAGACACAGCCCGCCCCGGCCAAGAAUACCCGCAAGAAGGCCCCUGCUACUGGAGCUAAGAAGCCCCGUGGCAAAACUGCACCGAUAAAGACAAAGCCAAUCAGCAGUUUCGGUACUGUUGCCAAACCUACUACAGGUGCUGCGUCCAUGGAGAAGCAGGCUAUCAAGAAAGCGGAGGCAUUGUCUACCAACAUGUUCCCCAACCUCCCACGCAAAUCCGAGUCUGCAAAGGGUGUCACUUUGUUGAAUUCUCCCCCAGUCACCCGGGCGUGUCGCAGCUAA